GAUUAGUAAUUGUUUCUAUGGUAAAAUUAAUCUGUACUUUUAAAUGAAAAUUACUUUUAUUGUAACCAAUAAUAAAUUAUUUUAAACUAAUCUAUGAUUAUGUUUUUGUUUUGAAAAUAAUAAAUGAUAAUCUCUAAGAAAUUAUUAUUUUUUUAAAUAACAAAUAAUUUAUGUAAACAACUUUUCUUUUAUACAAAUAGUUUAAUGUAAAAUAUGUCAUGGUUAAAUAUAAGUGGAAGUUUAUCUUCCAUUUCAAACAACAUUUCAACUUUUACAAGAGAAGUUCUCACUGAGGCAACAGCUGAUAUGUACAAAGAUUCUGAUACAGAAGAUGAUGUUGAAGAGUCUAAUUCUGAACAUAUGCUCAGUGGAGUUGAAGUAUUAGCCAAUGACACAGUAGAUUUAAUAACUAAUGAACUAGAUCAUUUAAAGUUAGAAAUAUCUUCCAAAGACGAACAGAUCCGCUUUCUGGAACAGGAAAAUAAUAAAUUGCAAAUUAAUUUUGAAAAGCAUGUCACCAAACUUCAACAACACAUUCACGACAAGGACGAAGAAGUUGAAAUACUUUCGGAAAAACUUAAAAAUUUAGAAGCAGAUUUUGUGGGCAAAAUAGAGGAUUUGACAUUUGAACGAGAUUCACUUAAUGCUAAAUUAGAUGCUAAAGAUAACGAUUGGGGUAACAACUGGUCAAAUGAAGGCACUAAUGAUGAAGAGCUAGAAAAUCUAAAGCUUGAAAACGAAUCUUACUCCAAUGAGUUGAUGAUGAAAGAAAUAGUAUUAAAUUCAAUAGAAACAAGAAUGAGGGAGAUUUCAAAACGAGAUAUAGAUGCAGCUGAUUUUUCUGUUUGGCUAGAUGAAUAUUUGCAGAGCAAUAAAGAGUCUAUUAUUUUGAAGUGGUUAAACAGUACUUUAAAUGAUGAAAAACUUUAUUUUGAGCUAAGUACUUUAGAGAAAACUGAACAGUGGUUGUCUCAUUGUUUAGAAGCGAAGAACAAAUAUGAUGCCACAAUUUCUGAUUUGGAAAAAAAAAAUUUUGAUCUACAAAGUACCAUAGAUAAAAUUGCUAACACCGUGACAGAUCAUUUUGGUUUAUCUUUUAAUACAAAGGAUCAUGCUGGAAAUUCUCAAAAUAAUUUUGCAAUUCAAGGUUUUGAAGAAUGGAUAAAAUCUUUAAAAAUAAAUCAACAAGAAAUGAACGAAAACAAAGCGUUUUUGAAUCAAAUACAAGCUGAAAUUCGAGAAUUUGAUGUCGAAGAUGAGAGCUUUAAUAUAAAAGACUUUUCCAAGUGGAUUGAAAAAGUACAGGUUCGAAUAGAUGACCUUGAAGUUGAACUUCUAAAUGUGCAAGAUAUUAAAGAGAAAAAUGAAAAGCAGCGAUGUAUUGAACGUGCAAAGCUAGAAGAGCUAUUUAUUGAAAAACAAAAUGAAAUUGCACUCUUAAAAGUUGAGCUUUAUAAUAAGUCUAAUUUUGUAGAAUCAAGUUACAAUGAAACUGAAAUUAAAGAUGAUUUAAAUGCUCUUCAUGAACAAUUGAAUGAAGUGCAUGCUAGGUGUGAUGCAUUUAAAAAUGAACUGACGUGUUGUCGUGUAGAAAACGAUAAGUUAUUAGAAACUGACAAGGAAAAUAAAUUGUUAAUUGAAGAUUUAAAGCAUACUAACAUAACACUUGAAGCUAGAGUGAAUGAACUUUUAAAUGAAAUAGAAAAAUAUCAUUCAGAAAAUUUAGCUUUUAAAAAUGUUAAUGGAGGACUUCAAGUACAAGUUGAUGAGCUAAUGAGCAAAUGCGCCUUGUUAACUCAGAAACCUGUAGGUGAAAAUCCAGCGAAGGUUGACUGUUGCAUUAGAUGUGAUCAAAAUGAAACGGCUGCAAAGGUAGCAGAUGAAAAAUUCAGUAAACUUAAAAUUAGGUAUGCAAAACUUAUACGCCAAAAAGAAAAACUUGAGAAAGAUUACUCACAUAUGACCAAUAAUUCUCAAGAAUUAAUUGACCUAAAAAAAAAACUAGAAAACCAGUACUUGUAUUUAACACAAAUUAACAAUCUACUUAAUGAUAAUGAAAUUAAUUAUGAUCUUGUUGAAAAUGUACUUAAAAUGGACAACAAUGAUGACAAUAGGCUGUUCGCAGAAAUUAUCAGAAAAAUUUUGGCAGCUUUAUUGUUGUUGCGUAAGAAGUACAAUGACUUCAAUUCAUUUGCAGAAAAUAAUCUUUUAAGAACAAAGAAGGAAGAAUUGAUAACUGAAGAAAAUUCUUUACAAGACUUAUUAACUCCAUUGGAGCAAACAAGUGAUUGGCAAUCAAAUUUUAAUGUUCAAAUUGAUGUAAAUAAUGCUGUUAUUGAAAAUAAAAUCGAAUCAACAGGUUAUAUAGCUGAGCUAGAAGACAAAGUUGAAGUAUUACAAAAAAUUAAUGAUUUAAAUGAUCUUGAAGGAAAUAAAAGAAUAAAUUCUGAACAAAUAUCACAUAGUUAUGAACAGGAGAUUCUCAAUACUUCUUUAGAAAGUCAAUUUUACCAGCAAAAAUGCAUUCAACUUGAGAAAGAAGUCUCAGAAUUGAGAAUAAAGAUAAAUAGUUUAGUAAAGAAAGAUGAAAUGCAAUUAGCUUUGCAUGAGUAUGGUAUAAAUUCAAAAAUUCAAUGUGAACUGUCUGAAGAUGUUUUACAGGAGAAAGUUCAUCAACUGUCAUUAAUGUUAACUGAAAAGUCAGAAGAAUGUCAUACCCUCAAAUCAAAGCUCCUGUUCCUUGAAAAUGAAACAUCUGAUAUGGACUUGAUUAAAGAGGAAUGUAAGCAGUUAAAAGCAAUGCUUCUUGGUAAAGAAAAUCAAACAAAUAUAGAUGAUACUCUGUUAUUAUUGCAAGAUGAGUGCCAACAAUUAAAACAUUUACUUGCCAUUAAUGAUGCAGAAAAAAGAAAGCUACUGCAACUUAAUUUAGAAAAAGAUAAUGAAAUAUCAGACAUGCAGCUGUUGCGUGAAGAAUGCACUCAAUUAAAAAGAAUGUUAGUUAAUAGUUGUGAAUCAUCGCAGGCUAAUAGCGAACUUGAUAAUCUGAAGAUGAUUCUACAAGACAAAGAUUUAGAGAUUCAGAGACAAAGUGCCAUAAUCAUUGAUUUGCAAAAUAUGUCUUCUAACAUGGAGUUUGUCCAAGAAGAAUGCAAACAAUUAAAAAAAAUGUUAUUAGAUAGCUCAAUUAAACAUACAGGAGAUUUCCAAAAUAACUCUUUGAUAAACGAAGAAUCGAAUAGCUUUAUGGUACAAGUCCAAGAGCUUGAAGAGUUUUUGCGUGAAAAAGAACAUGAAAUUUUAGAGAAAAAUUCUGAGCUACAAAAUCAAUAUAAAGUCAUUGAAAACUUGAAAGAUUCAGUUUCUAAUAUGGAACUUAUUCAACAAGAAAACAAAUCUUUAAAGAAAAUGUUGUCGGAUAAAGAAGAAUUGUUUGCAGAGCUGCAAAAUGAUAUUGAUGGUGCAAAUCUGAUGUUGCAACUUAAAAACGAUGAUAUUAGACAACGAGAGAAGCAAUUUAAGGAUGGUGAAGUCCUUUUAAAUAAAACUAUUCAUUCUUUACAAUCAAAGGAACAAGAGUAUGAGUUAUUAAAACAAGAACUCAAUGAGAGUAUUUUGCAGAAUGAAAACAUUCAACUGUUGCAAACAGAAUAUAAAGAUGUUUUUGAUAAACUCAAUGCUACAAAAAAUGAAUUAAAUGAAACACGAAGAAAGCUUUCUGAUGUUGAAGUUGACCUUCAGCAAAUGAAAGAUUACAAAGAAAAAUGCUUUGAAUUGUCAGAAAAUUUAAAAAUAAAAAAUGAAGAAUUGCAACAUAUUAAAGCACAGUUAUCAGAGGCAGUGAUUUCAGAAAGAGAAACAAUAACUCACUUUCAAAAUGAACUAAUUGAAUUAAAAAAGAUGAUUUUGGAUAAAGAAAUGCAAUUAACUAGUUUGAAUGAGGUUUUGCUGACAAAAAAUGAAAAACUAGAAAGUAUACAUAAAAAAUAUGAUGAGGCUAGUUCUUUAAUUAAUGAUUUAACCAUAAAAAAUGAAUCAAAAGAAGAAAUUAUUCUUAAGUUAAAGACAGAUUUUUCUAACUUUAAUAAAGAGUAUUUAGAGAAAAUAAAAAAUCUUGAAACAUCUGAGAAGAAACUACAAGAAGAAUACUCUUUUUUAAAAGCAAAAUUGACUGAGCAAGAUUUGGUAGAAAAAAAUGCAAUAGUCAGUGAAUCAAACAAUGUUUUUAUUGAUGACAAAUUUUGUUCUAAGUGUGCAGAAUUAAACUUGCAGUUAACAAAUAUUCAUAAAGCAGUCAUAAAGUUAAAGUUUAUGCAACAUGAAGAUAUUGAAAUUAUUGAGAAUAACAGACAUUUAGAGAAAUUAUCUGAUUCUAUUAUUACUGAUGAAAACACAGAAAAAGGUAAUAUAUAUUCAGAAAUAAUUUCACAUUUUCAAUAUGCACUAGCUGUGCAUGAAAAGACUGUAAAUACCAUAAACAAACUUUUGUCUAAGCUCAAAGACUCUGAUGAUAAUUUUGAAAAAUUGAAAAUGUCGUAUGAACUAAAGUAUGCAGACAUGGAGAGUCAAAUUUUAGAAUAUAAAGAAUUAGAAUCUAUAUAUGAGAAUGCCUAUAGUGAAAAAGAGUCUCUACAAAAAAAUUAUAAAAAUAAAUGCAUUGAGUACAAAGAACUUGAAGAGCUGUACAAUUUAAAGUCUGUUGAAUGCAAGGGCAUGGAAACUAAGAUAGCUACUCAUUAUUCAGAGUUACAAGUUUUACAAAAUCAGUAUGAAGAAAAGUGCACUGAAUGUAUGUUACUCAGUGAAAAGUUAGAUACUCAAAAAAAAGAAUACCUAGUUGAAAUAGACUGUAUUAAAAAAUCUCUUUGUGAGUCUUUAGACAAUUCCUCGAAAGAAAUUGACAUAUUGAAAAAUGAAGUGUCUAAAUUAAGUCAGAAAAAUGAAACACACUUUGACACAACACAAGAUGAAAUAUCAUUACUACAAACCCAGCAUAUAGAAAAGUUAUCAGAAAUGGAAAACUUGUUCAAACGUGAAAUGGAAAAUGUUUUAAAUAAACACUUUUUAGAGAAGGAAGAAAUAGUUCGGAAUUAUCAACAACAAGUUCAAAGUCUGCAUCUUCUUGUUCAAAAUGCAAACGAAUGUUCAGACUGCAUUAACCUAAAAAAGAAACUUGCUCAGAUCACUGAUAUAAUAGAUGAAAAAAAUUGUGAGUGUGAAAAGCUAAAAUUUGAUAUUUUAAAAUUAGAAGAAAAGCUGACUGAGCUUGAACAAAAUAAUAACAACAUGCAGGGUUUUAACAAAAUUGAAUUUGAUAAUAUGAAAAAUGACCUAGAAAUAAAGAAUGAAAAAAUCAAACAGUUAACAUUAGCACUGGAAGAUAAUGAAGCACGAAUAGAAAUUAGGAACAAAGAGCGGAUCAUUUUGGAAGACUUUGCUCUUCAAAAAGCUGAACUAGAAAAUGAGAAAAAGAUAUGGGUUAUUGAAAAACAACAACUCACAAAACAGAUUCAAGAGUUGGAAGUUUUGAUGAAGCAUAAAGAGGUACGUCAUAAAGAAAAUGAAGUGAAGAUAACCAGAGAGUUGGAAAGACUUAGGAAUCAUUUAAUCAUGACUGAAGAUAAUCAUACAAAAGAUAUACUAGAACUGCAUGAAAAAGAGGCUGCAUUGCAAAAAGAAUUGGAAGAAGCAAAAGAUGCAUUAAAAAAAAAGAAUAUAAUAUUAAGUGAUUCAAGUAAACAAUUUCAAGAACAUGUAUUUUCUAUUGAAGAACAGCUACAUCAUGUAUCUAGUCAAAGGGAUUUAAAUCUACUUGAUCUGUCAAAGUAUAAACAACAGAGUGAACAUGACAAAGCUGCUAUUUUUAACUUGCAGCGUGCUCUUGAGCAAUUAGAAAAAGAAAAAAGAGAGCAAUACGAUAACUUGGUUUCACUUACUAAGCGAAAGCAAGAUGAGUUGGAAUUGAGAAUCAAAAAUUUGUUAGAGGAACAGCAGAUUUCAAAAAGAAAAAUAGAAGAUGCAUCACUGGCUGUACAAGGCAUCUCUAAACUAAACAUUGAACUCAACCAUAAAGAACAAGAGCUGGUUAAUAAACAAAAUAAAAUAAAUGAGUUGACUCUAGCACUUGAACAGCGCAACUCUCAAUAUAAAAGCAUUCAGGUUGCUUCAGAUGGAAAAAUUGAUAAGUUUCUUAUAGCAAACUUACUGCUUCGCUACUUUCAGUCACCCAAUGAUAAACGAUCUGAUAUUUUGCAGGUAGUAGGAGGUUUGCUCGGAUGGACCCAUCAUGAUAUAAAGCAGAUUGGUGAUGGAUCUGCUCCAAAUAAAGGUUGGAUACCGAGUGUAUGGGGCUUCUCAACUCCAAAGAAAGCAUCAGUUUCAAAAAAUCAGUUUAAUAAUAUGAAUCAGUCGUUUUCGGAGUUGUUUGUAAAGUUUCUUGAAACAGAGACUGAUGACAAACCAAAAAUGAAUGCUGCUUCUCUUCUGAAUGGUAAUCUUGUAGGACCUAAUGUAGUCAUGCUUUCUCCUACUCCAGAUAUUUUAACAUUUCACAACAACCACAAUGAAACUAGUCAACAAACAAGAAUUCCUGCUCCUGGUCAAGAAAUACCGCGAGUUCACACCCAUCACGCUCAAAAUGCUCUCAAGACUAUUCUGUCCUAAAUUGUAAUAUAUUUUUAUAUUUAUUUAUAAUAAAUGUGAAUUUUUUUUUUUAUAUAAAUAUAUUUAUAUAAUUUUA